GAAGAAGGUGGAGGGAGUGGCACUCGACUCGGUGUGUGUCCAGAUUCAUUCAUUCAUUCCAAAAACCAAAAACAUUAUAUACCCCUCAACAAAAUGGAACCCCGCAAAAGCACGGGAGCACCACCACCGCCUCCACCUCCACCUCCACCACCGUAUCCACAAUUCACUGAUUUCCCUCUCACCCAAACCAGCAAAAAGAAGGAAAGUUUCCGAUGUCUACUCUGAGCAAUUCAACAAAUAUAUUUUGGCAAGAAUGUCCAGUUGGGAAGCUUGAGAGACAAAAGCUACUUAAUCAAAAAGGUUGUGUCGUAUGGAUUACGGGUCUCAGCGGAUCAGGAAAAAACACUCUGGCAUGUUCACUAAGUAGAGAACUGCACUCUAGGGGAAAGCUGUCGUAUGUCCUUGAUGGGGAUAACCUUCGACAUGGACUGAACUAGGACCUCAGUUUCAAACCAGAAGAUCGGACUGAAAAUAUACGGAGAGUUGGGGAAGUCUCAAAACUCUUUGCGGAUGCUGGUCUGAUCUGUAUUGCGAGUCUGAUAUCUCCAUAUAGAAAAGAUCGGGAUGCUUGCCGUGCAAUGUUGCCAGAUGCGAAUUUUAUUGAGGUUUUUAUGAACAUGCCUCUAACAUUGUGUGAAGCGAGGGAUACAAAAGGCCUUUACAAGCUGGCACGUGCUGGAAAGAUCAAAGGUUUUACUGGGAUAGAUGAUCCAUAUGAACCACCGUUGAAUUGCGAGAUUGAAAUACAACAAAAAGAUGGGUUUUGCCCCACACCAGGUGCCAUGGCAGUGCAAGUAGUGUCAUACUUAGAGGAGAAAGGAUAUCUUGAAGAUCAGUGAUUGACCUUGUGCCUGAUCUUGAGCAAUCGAUCACCCUCAAAGUAAAGGAUGUCAUUUUAAACACAAGUGGUGGCAUACACCGUGCUUUGUACACCCUCGGGCUUUCAGUAGAGAAACAGUGGGCUCGAAGUGUUUGAAAUGAGGAAUAUUGCUUUUAGUUAAUAUUUUCUGAUUUUUUUUGUCUAGAUUGGCAGGGUGUGAAAAAUAUGGGAUCUGUGCUGUAAACUCUGAAUUUAUUACCAAGUACCUCUUUCUUUC